ACUAUUCUUCGUCCAAUUGGACAGCAGACAAAACCUGAAAAAAAUUCUGAUGAAUACAAAUACCAUAGUAUUUUCAACAUUUUGGAUUUGACAAAGAAUUUUUAUUUCAGCUACACUUAUGAUAUUACUCAUACACUUCAGCAUAACAUGACUCGUUCAUCAAAUCGUAAAAAUUAUUCAUAUAAUGAAAUGUUUGUUUGGAAUCACUAUUUAUUGGAAACUGGAUUUCGAAGUUUUAAGAGCAAUUCUGAUUGGAUUUUACCGAUAAUUCACGGCUUUGUGGAUCAAUCAAAAAUUUCAAUAUUUGGACGGAACGUCUUUGUGACAUUGAUUGCUCGAAGAUCAAGAUACUUUGCUGGUGCACGUUUUUUAAAACGUGGCGUCAAUGAUCAAGGUUAUGUUGCAAAUGAUGUGGAAACUGAACAGAUAGUAGCGGAUAUGAGCACAACUUCGUUUCACCGAUCUGGAACUCGUCUUUAUGAUAAUCCAAAUUAUACAUCUUAUGUGCAACAUCGUGGAUCUAUACCCUUGUUUUGGUCCCAGGAUGUGACAAACAUGUCGCCAAAGCCGCCUAUAUCAAUUAACUUCCGAGAUCCUUUCUACGCCGCUGCAGGUUUGCACUUUGAUAAUAUGUUCAAACGCUAUGGCGCACCCAUAAUUGUUCUGAAUUUGAUCAAGACAAAAGAAAAAAAUCCUCGUGAAUCUAUUUUGGGAGAUGAAUUUGCAGAUGCCAUGAAAUACUUGAUUCAAUUUUUACCAGAAAAGAGUCUCAUAUAUCAGCCUUGGGAUAUGUCAAAGGCUAGAAAAAGUGAUGAAGACGUCUUUGAUAUUAUGGAAGGAUUCGCAGAAAAAUACUUAGCCGAUACCGGAUUCUUUCAUAGUGGUCCUGAAGCAUGGGUUAAUGUUUUGAAUAGAGAACAGACCCAAGGGAAGCCACAAAAACGUCAGAUGUUUAGGCGACAAAGUGGUGUUCUACAUGCACUUGGAAUAAUCGAUAAACCCUGGGUUCCUGUUGAUUCUGAUGUAAUGAAUAUGCUCACUGAUAUGUACCACGAUCAUGGUGAUACUAUUGCUUUCCAAUAUGGUGGCUCAAAUUUAGUCAACACUCUCGAUUCUUAUCGGAGAAAAAAUCAAUUCUCCAACCAAUCUAGAGAUUUGAUAGAAAAUUUGAGAAGAUAUUAUAGUAACGCUCUUUGUGAUGGUGAAAAGCAGGAUUCGAUUAAUCUUUUCCUUGGAAACUUCCGACCAGAAAAAGAUAAGCCGAUGUUAUGGGAACUUACAAGCGAUUAUUAUUUACAUAAUGAAGAUCCUCGUUUUAAAAAGCCGCGGAGAAGUUACAUUUAUUGGUGGAGUAAGGAUUUUCUACAAAAAAAUGAUCAACAGCAGGAUACUGCAAGAUAUCAACUUUCGCCUCGCAUAGCUCGUCAGUUUGAAGACGACGAAGCGGAUCCAUAUUCCGGCUACUGGAUUGAAUAUUAUCGUCCACGACUUUUCACGUCAUUUGAAAAAUUAUUUGCGUAUGACAUGAAAAGUACUACGAAAUAUAUUCCAUCAGGUGCGGAUGAAAGUCCGUUCAAAGUUCGGGUAACACCUCCACAAGCUUCUCGCUUGAUGAACGUUGGAAAUGUCAAAAAGUGGUUUGCUGCUUCACUACCAAACACGAAGUCUAAAGAGAGUUUAACCCCUUCAGUUUCUUCGAAUGAAGCAAAAGAAUACAAACAAUACAUAAACCAAAACAAAAAUCUAGUUCUAACACCAACGCUAACUGAUAAUAACGAUCCAGCAUUGACCAGUCAUUCUGACUACCACGUUUACAAUGCUUACAUGCGGCGUGCCAAUUUGACAAAUCCAUUAACAGAUAUAAAAGUGCCUUUAGCAGAUGAAAAAGUAUAUGAAGAAAAUUUAGUUAUACCAAAACAAUAUGCUGUAUUACAAGCUGUAGGAUCGGAUCAAUAUACAAAUAGUGUGGCAAAGAGUAGAUAUCAGGCUUACGAGACAUGGUUAAAAACUGGAAAGUUGGUUGGAACUAACAAUAUCGUAAAUACAAAAUCGAAGAAUAAUGGAGGAAAUGGGAAGGGAAAUAUUUCUAAAAAAGAAAAGGAGACUUACAAAGAUUACAAAGAAAAAAUGAAGGAAAAACAAAUUAAGGAAUGA